AUGAACCAGCCUGACACAAGCGGGAACUGCUCGUUCAGCGACGUGGACGAGCUGAUGAGGACCCUGCAGCUGGCCGUCCACACCCCCACGUUCCUCUUGGGCCUGCUCCUCAACCUGCUGGCCAUCCGCAGCUUCAGCACCUUCCUGAAGAAGAGGUGGCCCGAUUAUGCCGCCACCUCCAUCUACAUGAUCAACCUGGCGGUCUUUGACCUGCUCUUGGUGCUCUCCCUCCCAUUCAAGGUGGCCCUGUCCCAGGUGCGGCCGCCCUUCCCUUCCCUUUGCACGCUAGUGGAGUGCCUCUACUUCGUCAGCAUGUACGGGAGCGUCUUCACCAUCUGUUUCAUUAGCCUCGACAGGUUCCUGGCCAUCCGGUACCCGCUCCUGGUCAGCCGCCUCCGGUCCCCGGGCAAGAUCUUCGGGAUCUGCUGCACCAUCUGGGCCCUGGUGUGGGCUGGGAGCGUUCCCAUCUACAGCUUCCACGGGACAGUGGAAAAGUACACGUGCUUCCACAACAUGUCCGAUGGCACCUGGAGUGCCAAGGUCUUCUUCCCCCUCGAGGUGUUCGGCUUCCUCCUUCCCAUGGGCAUCAUGGGCUUCUGCUCCUCCAGGAGCAUCCACAUCCUGCUGCGCCGCCGGGACCGCACCCAGGACUGGGUGCAGCAGAGAGCCUGCAUCUGGACCAUCGCAGCCAGUCUGGCUGUCUUCGUCGUCUCCUUCCUGCCAGUCCACCUGGGCUUCUUCCUGCAGUUCCUGGUGAGGAACGGCUUCAUCGUGGAGUGCAGAGCCAAGCAGAACAUCAGCUUGUUCUUGCAGCUGUCCAUGUGUUUCUCCAACAUCAACUGCUGCUUGGAUGUCUUCUGCUACUAUUUUGUCAUCAAAGAAUUCCGCAUGGACAUCAUGGCCCACCGGCCUUCCAGGGUCCAGCUGGUCCUCCAAGACACCACGAUCAGCCGGGGCUAA